GGGGUCUCUCUGUGUGUUUGUGGGGUCUGUGGCUGCAGGAAGCGUUGCCUUCUGGGGACAGACCUCCUCAUCCUCUCGGCCGCUUUCCUCGUGGGCUUCAGCCGCAGAGCGGCCUCCUUGGAGAUGAUCCUGGUCGGCCGAUUCCUCUUCGGAGUCAGUGCCGGCCUCUGCAUGGCCAUCCACCCCCAGUAUGCAGGCGAAGUCUCCCCCAAAAGGCUCCGGGGAUUUGCCAACGCCUCAGUAGGCUUCUUCUGGUCCCUGGGGAAAUCCCUCGGCCAGAUUUUGGGCCUCAGGGAGCUCCUGGGGUCGGAGGGCUGCUGGCCGGUCCUCCUGGCCUUCGUCGGGGUGACGGCCUUCGUCCAGCUGCUGGCCCUGCCCUUUUUCCCGGAGUCACCCCCGUAUCUCUUGGUCCAGAAGCAGGAUGAAGGGACCUGCCUGAGAGCCAUGCAGCGUCUCUGGGGCCCCGGGGCCCAUGAAGAGGAAAUGGCCGCCCUCAGGGAGGAAGCAGCAGCAGCGGGAAAAGCCGGUGGGGCAGCGCUGGGCCCUUGGAGGAUGCUGAAGGACCCUGUCCUGCGGCCACAGAUGCGGAUCCUGGCGGCCGCCGUCCUCACGCUGCAGCUCUGUGGCAUCAACGCAGUCUAUUUCUACACUUUUGAGGUCUUCCGUGCCGCAGGAUUCGGGGAGGCCCUGAUCCCCUACCUCUCCCUCGGCAUUGGCCUCUGCGAACUCGCCUCGGCCCUCCUCUGCGUGCUGACCAUUGAACGGAUCGGCCGGAGGGCCCUGCUGUGGGGUGGCUGUGGGGCAAUGGCCGCAGCCCUUGGCCUCCUGGCCCUGACCCUCUCCCUCCAGAAAGAGCAUCGCUGGGCCUCCCAUGGCAGCCUCGCCCUCCUCUUCCUCUUCGUGGUCUUCUUCGGAUUGGGGCCCAAUGGAGCGACCAUGUCAGUCAUGAUGGAGAUCUUCAGCCAUUCGUUAAGACCAGCAGCCUUCGUGAUUGGCGGCUGCCUCAACUGGGCCGGCCUCUUUGUCAUUGGAAUAACCUUCCCAUUCGCUGUGGAGGCCCUGGGUCCUUUCUGCUUCCUCAUCUUCGCUGUUGUCCUGGUGGGAUCUGGAAUUUUCUUCUUCCUCUUCCUGCCGGAGACGAAAGGCAAAUCAGUGGCUGAAAUCACGGAAGAGUUCAAUGCGGAGGCAACACCAAGGAAGCCUCCUCUGAAAUGGAGGCUGGCCGCCGUUUUCAGGAAGCGCUUCCAGGAGGAUCCUUCUGUCUACUCCAGUUUCUGAAAUCGUCCAUCAGAUUCAUGCCCCAAAUCACUCAAACAGGUUCCCCAAAUAAUGAUCCCUGAGGAUUGCAGAAGAACUGUUGCAAAAGCAGAGUUGCGUUUAAUUUUCAUUUGGCAAGGAUGGGAAUUCGCUUCAUUGUUAGGGAAGGAAGAUUUUAAAGGACCGCAACAAAGCUUUGCUGUUGAUGCAAAAGUCUCUGCAUCCAGAGAGAGAGAGAGAGAACUUAUAUGAUAAAUAAGUAGAUAUUUAAUAUAUAAAUAUAGAAGCAGUAUGUUUUGUCUUUGCCUUCUCCAAAGGUGGAAAGUUCUGGUCAUUAAUCAUUUUAAUUGUACUGUUUUUAAUUUUGUCGGCCGCUUCGAGUCCCAGUUUUGAAGAAAGGAUGGGAUAUAAAUAAAUAUAACAACAAUAACAAUAAUU